CCGCCAGUCCUUUCUCGCCGCCUUCUGCCCAUUCAGGUGCUUUCUUCGCUUCCUUUCCUUCACGUGUCUUGCAAAAGCUCCAGCAUGUCCGACAAGCUGCCGUACAAAGUUGCUGAUAUCAGUCUUGCAGACUGGGGCCGCAAAGCCCUGGAGAUUGCCGAGAAUGAAAUGCCAGGUUUGAUGAAGAUGCGGGAGAUGUACUCUGCAACCAAGCCACUGAAAGGGGCUCGGAUUGCUGGUUGCCUACAUAUGACUGUGCAGACAGCUGUUCUCAUAGAAACUCUGGUGGCUCUGGGAGCUGAGGUUCAGUGGUCCAGUUGCAAUAUUUUCUCCACUCAGGAUCACGCUGCUGCAGCUAUUGCCAAAACUGGAAUUCCUGUGUUUGCCUGGAAGGGGGAAACAGAUGAGGAGUACAUAUGGUGUAUUGAGCAGACUCUGUAUUUCAAGGAUGGGCAGCCUCUAAAUAUGAUUCUUGAUGAUGGUGGAGACCUCACCAGCUUGGUUCAUACCAAAUAUCCACAGCUCUUGAAAGGAAUCAAAGGAAUAUCUGAGGAAACAACCACUGGAGUCCACAAUCUCUAUAAAAUGCAUGCCAGUGGGACCCUGAAAUUGCCCGCUAUCAAUGUCAACGAUUCUGUCACCAAGAGCAAGUUUGACAACCUGUAUGGCUGCCGGGAAUCCCUCAUUGAUGGAAUUAAACGUGCCACUGAUGUCAUGAUUGCAGGGAAGGUUGCAGUUGUGGCAGGUUAUGGUGAUGUUGGCAAAGGUUGUGCCCAAGCCUUGAGAAAUUUUGGGGCCAGGGUCAUCAUCACAGAAAUUGAUCCAAUCAAUGCUCUGCAGGCAGCCAUGGAAGGUUAUGAAGUUACAACAAUGGAAGAGGCCUGCAAAGAAGGCAACAUAUUUGUUACUACCACUGGAUGCUCAGAUAUCGUGCAGGGCAGGCAUUUUGAGCAUAUGAAAGAUGAUUCUAUAAUAUGCAAUAUUGGACACUUUGAUGUGGAAAUUGAUGUGAAAUGGCUGAAUGCAAAUGCUGUGGAGACUGUGAACAUUAAACCUCAGGUAGACCGCUACACGCUGAAAAAUGGCCGCCACAUCAUACUCCUGGCAGAAGGUAGACUGGUAAAUUUAGGAUGUGCCAUGGGUCAUCCUAGCUUUGUCAUGAGCAAUUCCUUUACCAACCAAGUCCUGGCACAGAUAGAGCUCUGGACAAAUCCUACCAAAUAUGCAGUAGGAGUCCAUAUUCUGCCAAAGAAGUUGGAUGAAGCUGUCGCUGCUGCUCAUCUAGAUAAACUUGGUGUGAAGUUGACAAAGCUGACAGACAAGCAAGCCAAAUAUCUCGGACUACCCAAAGAUGGCCCCUUCAAACCAGACCAUUACAGAUACUGAGUCGCUGCUAGAGCCCAAAGAUCUCCAGACACAAGGAUAGAAAAUCUUCCAAAUUUGCCUGUUUCCCUGCUGGGAUUUAAUGACCAUCUCAAGCCUUUGUUACUAUCAAAUACAUUGAGUAGUCAGUUUGUCUGCCAUGUUUCAUUUUCUCACAUUCCUCUCUCUGCUUUCCCCCCUCUGCACCUUCUAAUAUAUCUCCUUCCAAAGAAAUUACUACAUUUUUUCUCUAUUGUCCUGCUGAAGCCUCAGCCCAGCAACUGUUGACCUAGAAGAUCGACUAGAAUUUUGCAAGUUCUGUUGUCUUCUGGUUUGAAUUUCUAAGAACAUCUUUGAAUGUCUGGAUUCUGAGGGAGAAUGGAGAUAAGAGGUGUUUUCUACAACAAUCCUUCUCUCAACACUGGAAAUUAGUGGAUACACUUCACAGCAGGCUUCAUUUAGCAGCUCCAUGAAUACUUCAUCAAGUUUCAUGAACUGGAACUCAGUGGAGAUGUUCUGUUAUGAUAUGCUUUGUUUACCACCAGUCACUGAAUAUAUCAGAUUUGCAACUAUUGGCCUGGGUCUAGUGUACUUGAUCUGUUUUGAAUGUUGCCUCCCUAUUAAGAGUAGCCCUGCAAGCCGCCUAGAGUGGUCGAGUAGACCAGAUAGGCGGGGUAUAAAUAAAAUAAAAUAAAAUAAAUCUGAUUCUGAAAAUCUGGAGCCAUGGGUUUGAGAGUGCUGAUUUCUCCAAAGACAUCACCAGUAUCUGCACUAGUUUUUGUAACUUGUGUCAGUUUUAUUAAAAAAUCUGUUAACAGUUGCCUCAUUUUCAUUAGCUGCCUUAUGAGGAAAGAACCUGUCCUAUAACCAUGUCUUUUCUAGCAUAUUGCCAGCAUUAAGGAUGUUAUUUUUGAGGAUGUAGGUCCUGACCCGCUAACAAGCAAUUAGAACCCACUGCAUAGUUUCUAAAAGCACUGUUUCUAUUAUCUGGAAGUAUACCCUAUGGCAGUGGGUUCCAAGGAACGACAGUACAGAAGGAAACCUUCAGAGUGUCUUAUGGCUCUGGCCCACGGCAGGCACUGACAAAUUCGGCUAUAUAUUAUCAGAAUCAUGGCAUAAUUAGAUUAUAGGAUUGAUCUUCCUGGUCUGGUUUAAACAUUACUUCCUUUCUCUUUGCUUGAUUGCUGGCAGAUGUGUGAAUAAACUCCAUUCAACAUGAAUGUAGUCAAAAUUUAUUUAGAGUAUACAGAAGUAUUGAAAGCGUUGGAAGUGAAAAAAAAACAAACCUAACUCAGGGAUUUACAAAUGAGGAAUAAAUGAUGUAAGUGGGUGUUCAUAAAUUCCAGUUUUAGUUCACAGCCUAAUUAAGGUGCAGUAGUUCUUAUUUUUCACUUAAAGAAAAGCAAGAAGGAUUCCACUCCACUGAGCUUACCAAGGUUUGUGUGUAAGCCAUCAUCUCCCAUAUUUUAACAAGCUGGAGUGCUAGUUAUUGUGAAUGGUGCAGAACCUACAAAAACAUCCUGUUUGGUAUUAUAUAGCCUAUUUGUGUAUGUAAGUAAUCUUUUGGCAUUUUAUCUAUCUAGCAAUGCACAUGCAUGCAUAAACUUGCCCUUGGAAAAUUUAAAUACUUUAUUACUUUU